AUGGUCGGCAGCGCAUCGCGGUCGUGCGGUACGGACAUGGUGAACGAUGCGGAAAUGUAUGGUGGUAGCGAGAACCAACCCCAAAACAGUUCUAAUGCGGUAACUGAUUCCACGCCUAAGUUGUCCCGGUGGCCUGAUGGUACGACGUUUGAGGGGCCACUUGUUGAUGGUGUGCCUGAGGGUCACGGGACCUGCGUGUAUAAGUCCGGCUGCGUGUGUGUGGGAAGUUUUAGUCGCGGUUGCGUCGAGGGGCCGGCGGAGGCGCUACUGCCGUGUGGUGCGUUCUUCGUUGGUAACUUCUGCCGCUCUGCUGCGCACGGUCAUGGUGUUUUGCUUCAAAAUGGGAGAUUGGUACGUGGGGAGUGGCGCGACGGGGUGUUGGUUCGCCGAACGUUGGAAAAUGUUAAUGACGCGCGGGAUGUUCAGUUUUAUACGCGUGUCAUCGCAAAGCUGUGUCACCGUGUUGAGGAACUCAAUGGUACGAUCGAACGAGACUCUUCUUCAGUAUUUCAGCAAACAAGCAAUAGCGGCCUGUGUAUCAGAGAGCCAAUUGUGCUUUUGAGGGAUGAGCAGCAGCAGGAGAGGGACGCAGUCCAAACAAGGCGAUGGGCAAGGGUUGCCACUCAGAGCCCUCCCUACAUGAGGAAUGAGCCCCAUGGUGCAGGGAUGCCACCCCUCGCGCGGGAGCCGGACAUCUCGCCUCGCUUCGAUCGCGGUAGUUUUUCGUCUUUAAACACACAUAGACGGCAACCGACAGCUUUAGACUUAAAUCAACUGACGUCCUUCGCGAGAUCUGUGCUCGCUUCUGGGGCUUCGCAACAGGCAAUAUUCGCAUCGGCGGCGCCUGCAGCAAAUGAGUUCUUUUCGCCAACUAGAUACUUGCAGUGCUUCUUCAUAAUGCUUUUUCCAUUUAUAUCACUGCCCCAGUUCUCCUUCUCGCCCAUCCGCCGCGUCAUGUUGAAGAUGGAGAGGGAAUUUGUUGUGAGUGGUGCGUUUCUCUUCCGGUCGUUUAACGUACCCAUUUACACCCUUACCUUCAGCACAAUAGCUACCUGCUGCCUCAUCGCCACAGUUGUAAUAGUUUCCCUAAAAGUGGAGCUUGGACCGGUGACUGAGGGGAAGGUUACUCUGGAGGAGUUGUUUAUUCCGUGCAUUCUUUGGGUGGCUCAGUCAGCUCUUUACGCCGCCUAUAAUAGUUACGUGCGUGUGGCUCAUGCGUUAGAAAGGUUGGACCGCCGUUUGACCCCUCAGUUGUACGCGUGUGCCGCGGGGAUUGUAAAUACGAAAGCGAAGGUGUGCAUUUUUACGUGGGAUGAUGAAGGACGUCGUGUAGUGACCAACGUACACUAUCGGUACCGAUGGUUAGGAGAAUCUCUGUUCGUUGGUAUUCUGUUUAGCUUAGCUGGGCCCCUAACUCGGGUAAGUUACAAACAACCUAUGUUUGGAUAUACAAAGUACGAAGUGUCUGCGCUGGUUCUUAUUUCAGCAUCUGUCUUGGUGUUUGCAGCUAUGGUAACGUUCAACGCCCUCAAGUUGACUGACAUGCAACGUCAGAUCAAGGAACAGAUGCGUGCGUUAACACACUUAGCGUACGUUGAAGGGAAGAGUGUGAUGCACCCCAGUGAGCAUCUGCUGCAACGAUUUAACCUUGAUGAACCCUUCAAUGUAAGCGAUAUUUUCAAUGGGGUUUCCGGUUGGUAUGUGAUACGAUCCGUUGUCGUGUACGCGGCAUCGUGCUCAAACCAUGCGGCACGUGGCCUUGCCAUGAGCGUGUUCUUUAUGCUUGUAAACUCAUGCUUUCUAGUGACCGCGUUGGAUAUGAUUUGCAUGCUUUCCUUCCAUUACAAUGAUCUGGGGAAGCGUUUUUCAUGCAUGCAUGCGUAUGGAGUGGUGACGUGCUCAGUAUGGGGUAUACUGCUCCUCCGCUACCUCUACAAGUGCGUCGAGACAGUUUGUGAGAGCGAGAGGCAUCUUUACCUUCUUGAUGUUGCCUCCCUAUAUCAUCGUACGAGGUACAACAAUGCCGAGGGAUGUGCUGAUAUAAUCACAACCUGCCGAAAAAUGGUGAAGGCAUAUGAGCAACUGCCUUGCGUUUUCUUGUUCCCCAUUACACCGUUCAUCAUCACGAUUGUGGUCAUUCUCUACAUAGUAGCGUUGUUAAUUGCUACGAUACAUGUGUACUUCGCGGCUGUAGCGCGAUUUGCGGAUACGGGAGGGAGAUGA